CUGGCAACCAGUUCAGGGUGUUCCCGGCCUCUUGCCCGAUGACAGCUGGGAUGGGCUCCAGCACCCUCGUGAGGAUAAACGGCUUAGAAAAUGGAUGGAUUGUUUCUUUGACAACGUGUACUUUUCAGUUGGUAGAUUCUUCAGAUACCUGACAAACUCACGAUGUCUUUGAACGCAUCGCCGCGAUGCCGGAACUACCGUCACCGGCCAGGAGUUAACGAAGCUAACGAGGCUAACGACUACCAGCGGGUGUGCUACAUAAGAUUGCGUCGUUGCCAACCCGUUGUCGUAAUGUGCCCGACGGCCACUUAACCUUACAAACCUGUUGACUGUGGAAUUGUAUGAGCCCCGCGGUCAGCUAGUAUUGGGCGUUCUGAAGAACUAAGAAGUUAUUUUGUGUGUCGACAAGCAAGUGAGUGAUCGAGUGGCAUGCUGGAUGUGGGGAAGUGGCCAGUGUUUGCCUUCCUUCCGCCUGAGGAGCUCGGCCUCAUCCGGCAGGCGUGCGUUUUCGGAAGCGGCGCCAGCGAAGCCCUCUAUGUCACUGUCAACGACGAGGUCUUCGGUCUGGGCACCAAUUAUAGCAGCUGCUUAGGUCUCGGCGACCUGCAGAGCACCAUCGAGCCGCGCAGGAUCGAUAUCCUCUGCGGGAAGAAGAUCGUGUCCCUCAGCUAUGGAACCGGACCACAUGUUGUCAUUGCCACUUCAGAUGGUGAAGUGUACGCAUGGGGCCACAAUGGCUACAGUCAGUUGGGCAAUGGGACUACAAUCCACGGGCUAAUCCCUGCCCUGGUCUCCACCAACCUUCAGAACAAGAAGGUUACUGAAGUGGCCUGUGGCUCCCACCACACUAUUGCCCUCACCACAGAAGGAGAGGUGUAUGCAUGGGGCUACAACAAUUCGGGGCAGGUGGGAUCGGGGUCCACUGCCAACCAACCCACGCCGCGCCGGGUCAGCAGCUGCCUCCAGAGCAAAGUAGUGGUCAACAUCGCCUGUGGGCAGCUAUGCUCCAUGGCUGUGCUGGACAAUGGGGAGAUCUACGGUUGGGGCUACAACUGCAAUGGCCAGUUAGGUUUGGGCAACACCGGAAACCAGCAGACACCGUGCCGAGUCGCCGCUCUCCAGGGAGUCAAAGUUAUCCAGGUGGCUUGCGGCUACGCUCACACACUGGCGCUCACCGAUGAUGGCUUCAUUUACUCCUGGGGCGCCAACUCGUACGGGCAGCUGGGCACCGGCAAUAAGAACAAUUACUCUCUUGCCACGCUGAUUAGCACCGACAAGGAGAGGAUCGUGGAGGUGGCGGCGUGCCACACCAGCCAUACGUCCGCCGCUAAAACGCAGAGCGGCCAGGUGUUAAUGUGGGGCCAGUGUCGCGGUCAGGUGGUGACUAACCCGCACGUCACGCACUUCAGCUGCACCGAUGACGUCUUUGCUUGCUUCGCCACGCCCGCCGUUACAUGGCACCUCCUCACUGUAGAUGGUGAUGACUACCUGACUGUCGCACAGUCGUUGAAAAAAGAGUUUGACAGCCCUGAGAUCUCCGACCUGAAGUUCCUAGUGGAUGGGAAGUGGAUCCAUGUGCACAAAGCGCUGUUAAAAAUCAGGUGUGAACAUUUUCGCGUGCUGCUGAACGAAACCGACGAGGACACCAUUGAAAUCCACCAGUUCCCCUUCCUGGUGUACCGAGCCUUCCUGGAGUAUCUCUACACCGAUUCUAUAAACCUGCCACCGGAGGAUGCUGCCUGCUGGACCUGGCCACUUUUUACCGCGAGAGCAGGCUCAAGCGACUGUGCCAGGAGACCAUCAAGAGGGGCAUCUCGGAGGAAAAUGCCAUCACUCUGCUCUCGGCCGCUGUCAAGUACGAGGCCCGGACAGGGCCACCUUCAUCUUUUUAGGACCUGGAGGAGUUCUGCUUCAAGUUCUGCGUCAACCACCUGACAUCUGUCACACAGACGCAGGCCUUCGCCGAGAUGGACCACAACCUGCUCAAGAACUUUAUUAGCAAAGCCAGCCGCCACGGGGCCUUCAGAAACUGACACCCUCCCAAGGCCCUCCUCCCUUACUCGUAAUGACGACACUUGAUUUCCAUGUUUGGCAGUCCAACACAGACUAAAAUGAAUGAAGGCCUUUCGGUUCUUCAAAGAUGAGCAGGCAGAAGGUUGACUUGUCUUUUAUGUCUACGUUUUCACCAGUUUAGUUUGCUGUGGUGGUACACACCUUUUCGUGUAAAUAUUUGGGAACAAUAGGUGCCAGGGUACUUCUGGGUGGCAGAAAGCGAGUGAAUACCGCUAAUCUAAACUGAUGACAAAAACUUGAUGUUGCAACGCCAGAUAAUACCCCGAAAAGAUUACCGAUAAUUCAACGUAGCUGGUGGGUGAGAAGGAUAAAUAGAGUGGAUGUCGCAAAUCUUUGUGCUGAGAAGCUUGCAAGGUGCCUCACAGGUAUGUAUAAAAUGUUUGCUGAAAAUGAACUGUCUCUGAUUAAUUUCCCUGGAAGUAACGGCUAGCCUGCUAUUUAACGUCAGCACUGAAGCAUGUCAUCCAUUUCAUUUUAAAAAGAGUGUCACCAUUAAUCUGAGCACCAGAUAAAGUCAUUUAUUUACUGACAAAAUUUCCACCGCGUCUA